GAGCCGGCGGCCGCGGUUUCCCAGAGAGCGGUCGCCAUGGGCCUGGGCGGCAGGCGCCUGUCGGCAGCAGCGGGGGCCGUGCUGCUCGGCUCGCUGACCGCUGUGCUUCUCCCCCAGCUCCGGGACGGUUUGUGGUCACUGCGACGGCGCCUGUGGGAGGUGGCCCUGGACGGCGAUCCGAGCACCGGGCUGAGCCUGAGCUAUAGCGGGGUGGAGCUGAGCCAGCUGGAGGAGGCCUGGGCCCUCAGGCAGAAAGUGGGACCGGAAAUCCAGUUGGAAGCUAAAGCUGCUCUGCACCAGGCUCUGGAGAUGAAACGUUUGGGAAAGCGUGAGAAGGCAUACAGGCUAUUCAUGCAUGCCCUCAACAUGGACCCUAAUUAUGUAGAUGCUUUAAAUGAACUGGGUGUUUUCAUGGAAGAAGAUAAGGAUGUUAUUCAGGCUGACCAUUUAUAUACAAAAGCUUUGACCAUUUCUCCAUGUGAUGAGAAGGCAUUGGUCAACCGUGAUAGGACAUUACCAUUGGUGGAAGAAAUUGACCAAAAACAAUUUAGUAUUCUUGACCGGAAAGUUAAAAAAUUGAUGGCUAUACCCAAAGGGAAUGCAGCACUGCACCGUGUAAUGGAAGAAAGUUAUUACCAUCAUAUUUAUCACACUGUGGCAAUUGAGGGGAAUACACUGACACUGUCUGAAAUCAGGCACAUCAUAGAAACUAGGUAUGCUGUGCCAGGGAAAAGCCUGAUGGAACAGAAUGAAGUUAUCGGGGUUGAUGCAGCCAUGAAAUAUCUCAACAAGUCUUUAGUAUCCAGAAUUGGAUCUGUUAAUAUUGAUGAUAUAUUACAGAUUCACAAAAGAGUUUUAGGAUAUGUUGACCCUGUGGAAGCUGGAAAAUUUCGGACCAAUCAAGUCUUUGUAGGUCACCACAUUCCUCCCCAUCCAAGGGAUGUAAAGAAACAAAUGCAGGAGCUGGUUCAGUGGUUGAAUUCUGAAGAAGCCAUGAGUCUACAUCCUGUUGAAAUUGCAGCCCUUGCACAUUAUAAACUUGUCUACAUCCAUCCCUUUAUAGAUGGAAAUGGAAGGACAGCACGAUUACUUAUGAAUCUAAUCCUAAUGCAAGCAGGUUACCCACCUGUCACUAUCCGCAAGGAACUAAGGGCUGAGUAUUAUAGUGCACUAGACUUGGCCAAUGAGGGAGAUGUAAGACCAUUUAUUCGUUUCAUUGGAAAGUGCACAGAAAUGACUCUUGACUUACUGCUAAUUGCAACAACCGAUCACUCUGUGGAUAAAGGUUUACCUGAAGCUAAUCCAAACCAUUCAGAUUAUACACAAACAAUUCUAAUUAAAAAUUAAACUCUCAUUAUUCCAUGCUGUUUAAGGAUAUGAGUUGCUGGGAUUGCCAACAGUCUAAAUUUUAGUAUCGGUUCCUUUAGUUCAGAAACUUGUCACGUUCUUUACUGAAGGGUUGUGCAUGUUAGGCUGUUUUUUGCUUGGCUUUAUGAUGAGAUCCUGAACCAGCCAUGCGCAUUUGCAUUUGUAAUGUUGGUUGCUUAACAGUUUGGAUCUACAAAAAAAAGCCUACAAUCUAUUUAGGUAUUCUGGGUUAUAGCCAGGUACAGGAUGUGAUUUAAACUGGUCACGUUCUGAACUGGGCGAUUGCCGUAACUUAAUUGGGACUGCAUUUCUUAGGCUGAUCUGUGAUCGAUACUAUCCCUGAUUUUUAAGUGUCUGUAUUUACAGAGACCAUUUUACAUGGUCUAAAUAUAAACAUUAUGGACAUGGUGACAGAUUGGGCUGUGUAUAUUUUCAAGAGUUUAUAAACUGUGGGAUGGACAUUUUUUUUAGUGAUUGGGUGCAAGGAGUAUUGUUCAUACACUUUGGUUCGUGUCUCUUGCUAGAAACAGCUAAGUUAUUUUGUUUAAAAGAUUAACUCCUGUUUAGUAUCUCAGUGCUGUUUUUUUUGUUUUGGUGGCUUUUUUUUAGCAAUUCAGUAGAUUGAGGGGGGAGAAAAAUCACCCGUUGUUCCAACUAGUCUCGUACUUACAGAAAUUGCAGCAUGAAGUGAAGCUGGAGUCUGAUGAGUAAUUGCUCAAAGCCAAACAACACAAUGAACGAUUACUGAGUCAGAUCAUUUCUUUUCAAACGCUACAUAACCAUCUUAAAAAUGUUUUGGAUAUCCUGAUGUUAAGAAAGAUGUCGGUCAGCAGAUUAUCAAUGCAUUGUAUCCAGUUGCUGGUAUUCCUGGAGUGUUAGAUGUGUUGAAUUAUGUUGAUUGAUUUAAAAACGGAAUCACAUUCCUUCAAACUAUAAUUUGCCAUCAUUAUAAGAAAUUGUUUUUGUUUUAUAAUUUCUCUACUUUUUAGUUAAAAUCUUACACUUGAGAAAUUAAAAUCACUAAGGAUUAGAAUAAAAGACCAGUGUUAGCAAAUUUCAUUGGACAAUAACCCAAUGGGCCAGUGAGAUACUUGUGAAUUGAAAUUGCACUUUGUCUAAAUAAAGCCUUAUUUAAAUUGUUUGUGAAACAUAGA